UCUCCGCGGGCCCGGCCGCUCAUUGGUCACCGCCGCCGCCGUGUGAAGCCGCCGGGGGCGGGAGAGCGGGUCUGUCGCACCAGGUGCGGGGAUCCCCGGGACCAGCUCAUUGUGUCGGGAGGAUCGCCGGCCGUCGGCGAUUCCUCUCCCCGCGAUCCCCUUCCUUGCUCGCUUGCUCGCUCGGACACCAUGCACCAGUCACGCACAUCGCACUAGCAGCGAGCUGCAUUGUCCCACUGCCAGCACCCGGCACGGCGCUGCUCUAUAGCGGAAUGAUCCGCCGAAGGCGACGCAAGAAGCCGAAGAUAUUGCAGUGGUGUACCCUCCACGUCUUGUGGAUGGUGGUGAUCAUCCUGAUGGCCGUCGGACUGGCAAUCCAAACCCUGGGCAUGACCGACAAGAAAAGGAUAAGAUCCGAAGACGUGGAGGAGCCGCGGAUUGUGCCAGUGACCAGCCGCGAAGUGAUGGCGCUCGAGGACACCUGCCAGCCCAAGACUCACGUAAUGUUCCUCAAGACGCACAAGACAGCUGGCAGUACCAUCCUCAACAUCCUGUACCGCUUUGGAGAGGCGAGGAACUUAACUUUCGCGCUACCUGCCUCCUACCAGUUUGGAUAUCCCCUCCUCUUCAGUACAAGAAGGAUUAAAUUUUACAAUCCCCUCAAGCCCCAGGAGUACCAUAUCAUUUGCAAUCACAUGAGAUUCUACAGGCCACAGGUUGAGAAGGUGAUGGCAAGGGGGACCUUUUAUUUCUCGAUCCUGCGGAAUCCGGUCACCUUGGUGGAGUCAUCCUUCACCUAUUACAAAUGGUCAAGCACGGCCUUCAGGAAGGUGGAGUCGCUGGAGCAGUUCCUGAGCGAGCCCUGGCGGUACUACUCUCCCAAGGAGCGAGGCAGCCACUACGCCAGGAACCUCAUGUGGUUUGACUUUGGCUUUGAUCACAAUGCGAAUGCCUCACAUCACUACAUGGAACUGGUCCUAAGUGAGAUCGCAAGCACUUUCCACCUCAUCCUCAUCUCAGAAUACUUUGAUGAAUCGAUGAUCUUACUGAAAGACGCACUCUGCUGGGAAUUUGAUGACAUUGUUUCCUUCAAGCUGAACUUAAGGAGCAACGUCACGGUGAAGAAGCUGUCUGAUCAGGCCGCCGAUCAGAUCAAGGCUUGGAACUCGUUGGACUGGAGCCUCUACUCACACUUCAACAAGACGUUCUGGCAGAAGGUGGAUCAGUAUGGCCGUCAGCGAAUGAGGAAGGAUGUCCUGAUCCUUCAGGAUAAGCGGAAGAAGCUGAUGGACUUGUGCCUUGAAAGCAGCAGCCCAGUGGAUGCCAGUCUGAUCCAGGAUCAGAAUAUCAAACCCUUCCAGUACGGCCGAGCUAGGAUCAUGGGUUACAUCCUCAAUUCAAACCUCAGUAACAGCACGCGGGAGAAAUGCAUUCGCAUGGUGAUGCCUGAACUCCAGUACAAAGAUCUGCUGGAUGCCAAGUUCUUCCCCUCUGUCCCCAGCAGGAAACUCCUUCAGGCACCUUUGCUGCAGUUCUGAAACAACAUGGCUGAGUCAAGACUCCUGUCGUUCCAAGAACUACACCUCCUAAUUACUUAUAUCACAUCAAAAACUGGCUGUCUGGGACAAGAAGGUCUUCAGCCCGUGAUCCUGUGGUCAAAUCUGUUGGGUAUUCUCAUGUCCAAUAUCAUAGCAACCGGGAUGCAGAUGUUGGCGAAGAGGGUGUUUUUUUUCCUCGGACUUUGGGAAGGAAAGAGGAUACUCUUCAGUCAACAGGCUGGGCUUGGGAAAUGCUAAAUGCGUAAGGACAGGACCUCACUUUCGUUACCCUGGCCCAGCCUGGAGUGUCUGGGCAAGUUGGCAUGUCAGCCCUUGGGGCCACUGGGAAAUUGGGCUGCCAUGCAUCGGGUCCGGGUCCUGUAGCAAAUGGAGGGGGUGGGGUAUGGGCAGUGAAUGCCAGCUGAUGCUACAAGUACUCUGCCCUCAAGAACAUUACGGUGUGAUUCACCAGGCGAUGUCAGUCGCCUCUGUGAUACAAUGAGAAUGGGGAGUCCAAACUGGAAAAUAGUUUCUUUUUAACCCAGUUGCAUGAAAUGUAACUGAAACUAAAGCAACCCAAGUUUGUUAGCCUUCUCCAACAUUAAUCCCUUCAUUUAACAUGCUCCGUAAACUCUUCCUCAGUGACUGAGCUGCACCCGUAUCUCCUCCCGUGGUGGCCUGCCUGAUUAUUGCUCUGAUCAGCACCCAGGGGAUUCUUUUCAAUGUUAGUAACACUGUGUAUGUGGAAAGUGAAGUUCCAUGUCAGCCAUAGAUGUGAUUCCACAAGGUUGGAAUUGUGGAUGGUGAGAAGGCUAGGCAAGAGCUUUGAAUUCCCAGAAGUGUUGUAUUUCCAGGAGUAAGUAUUUGGGGAAUGGUUCAAAUUAGUGGAACUGCCGAGGUGUAGCCUGUGCUUAUAAAGAGUGUGCUUAAACACUACAAUAAAAGCCGGUGUGAGUUUGAACAACUCUUAACAUUGUGUCUGUAUACUUUCUCAGUCAAUGGCACUGGCUGGUGUACUUAGAUACAAAGGUGUACACAGACCAGACCUGACCAGACCACAUUGUGUAUUUGAAAUUUCUCAGCCAAUGGCACUGGCUGGUGUACUUGGAUACAAAGUUGUCACAAAGCAGACAUAGACAUAGAACAGCACAGCACAGGAGCAGGCCAGUUAUCCCACAAUGUUGUGCGUAACCCCUAAAAAGCAAAUCAAAAACACUCAAACACUAAUCCCUCCUACUUACACAGUGUCCAUUUCCCACCAUCUUCCUUAUAUCCAUGUGCCUCUCCAAACAUCACUUAGAAGCCUCUAAUGUAUUUGCUGUUACCAUCAUACCAGCCAUUCACCAUUCUCUGACCUUUCACAUCCCCUUUGAAGCUAGCCCCCCCCCCCACCUUCAAUGCAUGCCCUCUGAUAUUAAACAGAUAUUCCCUGUCUACUUUAUCUAUGCCUCUCAUAAACUUAUAAACCUCUAUCGGAUCUCCCCUCAGUAUAGUCACUCCGGAGAAAACAACCCAACAUUAUCCAGCCUCUCAUGAUAGCACAUGCUCUCUAAACCAGGCAGCGUCCUGGUAAGCCUCUUCUGCACCCUCCCCAAAGCAUCCACAUCCUUCCGAUAGUGGGGCGACCAGAACUUUAUGCAAUACUCCAGAUGUGGUUGAACCAAAGAUUUAUAAAGUUGCAACAUAACCUCUUGACUUUUGAACUCAGUGCCCAAGCAUUCCAUAAGCCUUCUUAAUCACCCUAUCAGAUUGUGUAGUGACUUUCAAGGAGUUAUGAACUUGGAUCCCAAGGUCUCUCUGUUCAGCAACACUGUUAAGGAUCUUGCCCUUAACUGUGUACUGUCUCCCUGCAUUUGCCCUACCAAGGUGCAACAUGUCACAUUUAUCUUGGUUAAACUCCAUCUGCUAUUUCUCUGCCCAUAUCAGCAACUGAUCUAUAUUAUGCUGUAUUCUUUGCCUGUCUUCUCCACUAUCCACAACUCCACCAAUAUUGGUAUCAUCCAUAAACUAGCACAUCUACGCUUUCAUCUGGGUCAUUUAUAUACAUUACAAACAGCAAAGGUCCCUGCAGAGCACCACUAAUUACAGACCUCCAGCUCCAAUAAGUCCCUUCAACCAUCACCCUCUGCCUUCUAUACUCAAGCCAGUUGUGAAUCCUAACAGCCAAUUCACUGCAGACACCAUCCCUCUUAAUCUUCUGGAGUGGCGGCCCUGAGGAAUUUUGUCAAACACCUUCCUAAAAUCCAUGUAGACAACAUCGACUCUCAUAUCUCUCUCAUCGCCUUCUCAAAAACCUCAAUCAAUUUGGUAAUACAAGACCUGCCCUGCACAAAGCCAUGGCUCUCCCUAAUUAGGUCAAGAGUUUCCAAAUACUCGCAUAUCCUAUCCUUAAGAAUUUUCUCCAGCAAUUUCCCUACAACUGAGGUAAGACUCACUGGUCUGUAAUUCCCAGGAUUUUCCUUUGUUCUCUAAUAGAGGGACAACAUUAGCCACUUACCAGUUCUCUGGGACCUCACCUGUGGCUAGAGAGGACAUGCAGAUACUGGUCAAGGGCUCAGCAAUCUCGCCUCUUGCCUCCUUCAAUAACUUGGGGUAAAUCCCAUCAGGGCCUGAGUCAAUACUCAUUAGCAGGCCCAAUACGUCCUCCUCCCUGACAUCUAAACACCCUUACAUAUUUAUACAUUCACACUGAUCGACUGGUCCUCCAUGUCCUUUUCCUUGGUAAACACUGAAGCAAAGUACUCAUUAAGUGCCUCACUCACAUUCUCUGCAUCCAAACAAAUAUAUCCCCCCCUUUACCCUUGAGUGGUCCCACCCUCUCCCUAUUUAUCCUCCCGCUCUUGCUGUCUGUAUGUACAGAAUGACUUGGGAUUCACUUAAUCCUACUUGCCAAGGACUUUUCAAGACCCCUCCCAGCUUUCCUAAUUCCCUUUAGUUCUUUCAUGGCUUCUUUAUACCUUCUCGUGCUUUGUUUGAUCCUAACUUCUGAAGUUUUACAUACUUUUCCAUUUUCCUUCUUGACUAAAUCCAUAACCCCUCUGGACAUUCAAAGUUCUCUUAUCUUUCCAUCCAUGGGACUUUUGGACUGAAAAGCUUAAGUCUGUAGAUAUUAAGGAAGAUGAUGUGCUGGAGCUUUUGGAAAGCAUCAAGUUAGAUAAGUCAAUGGCACCGGACAAGAUGUACCCCAGGCUACUGUGGGAAGCGAGGGAGGAGAUUGCUGAGCCUCUGGCGAUGAUCUUUGCAUCAUCGGUGGGGAUGGGAGAGGUCCUGGAGAACUGGAGGGUUGCGGUUGUUGUUCCCUUAUUCAAGAAAGAGAGCAGAGAUAGCCCAAGAAAUUAUAGACCAGUGAGUCUUACUGCAGUGGUUGGUAAGUUGAUGGAGAAGAUCCUGAAAAGGCAGGAUUUAUAAACAUUUGGAGAGGUAUAAUAUAAUUAGGAAUAAUCAGCAUGGCUUUGUCAAAGGCAGGUCGUGCCUUACGAGCCUGAUUGAAUUUUUUAAGGAUGUGACUAAACACAUUGAUGAAGGUAGAGCAGUAGAUGUAGUGUAUAUGGAUUUCAGCAAGGCAUUUGAUAAGGUACACCAUGCAAAGCUUAUUGAUAAAGUAAGGAGGCAUGGGAUCCAAGGGAACAUUGCUUUGUGGAUCCAGAACUGGCUUGCCCACAGAAGGCAAAGAGUGAUUGUAGAUGGGUCAUAUUCUGCAUGGAGGUCAGUGACCAGUGGUGUGCCUCAGGGAUCUGUUCUGGGAUGACUUCUCUUAGUGAUUUUUAUAAAUGACCUGGAUGAGGAAGUAGAGGGAUGGGUUAGUAAUUUUGCUGAUGACACAAAGGUUGGAGGUGUUGUGGAUAGUGUGGAGGGCUGUCAGAGGUUACAGUGGAACAUUGAUAGGAUGCAAAACUGGGCUGAGAAGUGGCAGAUAGGGUUCAGCCCAGGUAUGUGUGAGGUGGUUCAUCUUGGUAGGUCAAAUAUGAGAGCAGGAUAUAGUAUUAAUUGUAAGACUCUUGGCAGUGUGGAGGAUCAGAGAGAUCUUGUAAUCCGAGUCCAUAGGACACUCAAAGCUGCUGUGCAGGAUGACUCUGUGGUUAAGAAGGCAUACAGUGCAUUGGCCUUCAUCGAUCAUGGGUUUGAGUUUAGGAUCCGAGAGGUAAUGUUGCAGCUAUAUAGGACCCUGGUCAGACUCUACUUGGAGUACUGUGCUCAGUUCUGGUUGCCUCACUACAGGAAGGAUGUGGAAACCAUAGGAGAUUUACAAGAAUGUUGCCUGGACUGGCCUUAGGAGAAUAGGUUGAGUGAACUUGACUUUUUCUCCUUGGAGUGAUGGAGGAUGAGAGGUGUCCUGCUGGAGGUGUAUAAGAUGAUGAGACGCAUUGAUUGUGUGGAUAGUCAGAGGCAUUUUUCCCCAGGGCUGAAAUGACUAGUGUGAGAGAGCACAUUUUUAAGGUGCUUGGAAGUAGGUACAGAGGAGAUGUCAGGGGUAAGUUUUUUUACACAGGGAGUGGUGAGUGCAUGGAAUGGGCUGCUGGCAAUGGUGAUGGAUGCAGAUACAACAGGGUCUUUUAAGAGAUUCCUGGAUAGGUACAUGGAGCUUAGAAAAAUAGAGGGCUAUGGGUAAUCCUAGGUAAUUUCUAAGGUAAGGACAUGUUUGGCACAGCUUUGUGGGCUGAAGGGCCUGUAUUGUGCUGUAGGUUUUCUAUGUUUCAUCUCUUUCCUUCUAACAGGAACAUACCUUUCCUGCACUCUGCAAUUGAUCUUUACACACCCUCUGCAUGUCUGUUGUGGACUUGCCAGAGAAAAAGUGUUCCCAAUUAAUUCUUAGUUCCUGCCUAAUGCUGUCAUAAUUUGCCCUAUUGCAAUUUAAAGCACUCUCUCAAGGACCAUACCUAUCUUUAACUAUAGCUAUCCUGAAAGUUAAGGAGUUGUGAUCACUCUUCCCUAACUGUUCACUGACUAAAAGGUCAGUCACCUGGCAAAGCUGAUUACCCAACACCAGCAUUCCAGUAUGAAUGCAGAAUUGUUCACAGACCAGACCACACUGUCUGUUUUGAAUUUCUCAGUCAGUGGCACAGGCUGGUGUAUUUGAAUGGAGUGUUGUAGACUAAGAGAGCACACUGUGUAUUUUGGAAUCAGGAAUCAAGUUUCAUUCUUGCUGUUUUAUGAUGCCAAAUGUUGUUUUCCAGCAGCAACACAGUGUAAAGACAUAAACAUAUACUUUACUUUAUACUUUAUACUUUAUUGUUGCCAAAGAAUUGAUACUAGAACGUACAAUCAUCACAGAGAUAUUUUGAUUCUGUGCUUCCCGCUCCCUGGAUUACAAAUAUUAAAUAUUAAAAAUAGUAAAAAUUAGUAAAUAUAAAAAUUUAAAUUAUAACUCAUAAAUAGAAAAUAGAAAAAUGGAAAGUAAGGUCGUGUAAGAAAAGUGAGAGGCAGGUCUGGAUAUUUGGAGGGUACGGCCCAGAUCCGGGUCAGGAUCCGUUCAGCAGUCUUAUCACAGUUGGAAAGAAGCUGUUCCCAAAUCUGGCCGUACAAGUCUUCAAGCUCCUGAGCCUUCUCCCGAAGGGAAGAGGGACGAAAAGUGUGUUGGCUGGGUGGGGCGCGUCCUUGAUUAUCCUGGCAGCACUGCUCCGACAGCGUGCAGUGUAAAGUGAGUCCAUGGAUGGAAGAUUGGUUUGUGUGAUGUGCUGCGCUGUGUUCACGACCUUCUGCAGCUUCUUCUAGUCUUGAGCAGGACAACUUCCAUACCAGGUUGUGAUGCACCCUAGAAGAAUGCUUUCUACGGUGCAUCUAUAAAAAUUAGUGAGUGUUUUAGGGGAUAGGCCAAAUUUCUUUAGUUUUCUCAGGAAGUAAAGGCGCUGGUGGGCUUUCUUGGCAGUGGACUCUGCUUGGUUGGACCAAGUCAGGUCAUUUGUGAUAUUGACCCCGACGAACUUAAAGCUUUUGACCUGUAAAUGACUGUAUAUUACAAAAUAA